CUACAGCUCCUGCCCAGAAAGUGAAUGGCUGUGGAAAAUAACUCUUUUGUGACUGAAUUUAUCCUUAUGGGAUUAACAGACCGACCAGACCUUCAGUUGCCCCUAUUUUUUCUGUUCUUGGUGAAUUACCUAGUCAUUGUGGUGGGAAAUUUGAGCUUAAUUAACCUCAUUUGCCUCAAUUCCCACCUUCACACUCCCAUGUACUUUUUCCUCUUCAAUCUAUCCUCCAUUGAUCUCUGCUAUUCAUUUGUCUUUAUCCCCAAAAUGCUCAUUAGCUUUAAUUCAGAGAGGAACAUGAUCUCCUUUGCAGGAUGCAUGACUCAGCUAUUUUUCUUCUGCUUCUUUGGCAAUUCUGAGUGCUAUGUGCUGACUGCCAUGGCCUAUGAUCGUUACGUGGCCAUCUGUAAGCCCCUGCUGUAUACUGUCACCAUGACCCGUCAGGUGUGUUCUCUGCUGAUGUCUGCUUCAUAUGUGAUGGGAUUUUCUGGUGCAGUGGCUCACACAGGGUGCAUGACCAAGCUGAUAUUUUGUGAUUACAACACUAUUGACCACUACAUGUGUGACAUCUUCCCCCUACUCCAGCUCUCCUGCAGCAACACCUAUGCCAAUGAGCUCCUGGUUUCCAUUAUUGUGGGCACAGUUGUCAUAGUGUCUAGUCUUAUUAUCUGUGUGUCUUAUGCUCUGAUUCUUUUCAGUAUCCUUCACAUGCCAUCUGCUAAGGGCUGGUCCAAAGCCUUCAGCACCUGUGGCUCCCACUUAAUAACUGUUGGUCUCUUCUAUGGAUCUGGGCUGCUCACUUAUGUCAAGCCAUCAUCUGCUGGGUCUUUGGGUCAGGAGAAGUUUUUCUCAGUGCUUUAUACCAAUGUGGUGCCCAUGCUGAACCCCCUCAUCUACAGCCUGAGGAACAAGGAUGUCAAACUUGCUCUGAAGAAAACCCUGCAGAGAAUAACAAACAGAGCACAUCCAGUGGUGCUGCCUUAG